AUGGACAGCGAAAGCUCCAUGCCACCAAGCAUCGACGCUGAAAAGGUGCAGGACAAGGAGCAAGAUGAGCAAUUCGAGCUCACCGGCGCAAAAUUGUUCCUUGUCGUUUUUGGAUUAGUCCUGGCCAUUUUUCUCAUGUCCCUGGAUGCAUCGAUUCUCGCCACCGCUGUUCCCCACAUCACGGCGCAGUUUGGGAGUGUUCAAGACAUUGGGUGGAUUAAUCUACCGAUUGGUGCUGUUACAGUGAUCUUCACGAUACUAUUCUUCCAUCCUCCUCCUCGAAAGUCGGGUUCAACCACAGUUCUACAGAGACUUCGAAAGCUUGAUGGAAUCGGCGCCCUCCUGUUCAUACCCUCCAUUGUCAUGAUUCUUCUGCCUCUUCAAUGGGGCGGCACGAAGUAUCCGUGGAAAAGUGCAACAAUCAUCGGCCUCUUCAUAGGAGGCGGCCUCCUCGGUAUUGUCUUCAUAUGUUGGCAAUCUUACAAACAAGAUGACGCAAUGAUACCUCCGAGGCUCUUCACCCAGCGCACCAUGUGUGCUGCAAGCCUCACCAACUUCUUCGCAAUGGGGGCCGUGAUGGUCUCCAUAUACUACCUUCCAGAAUGGUUCCAGGUCAUCAAGUCAGCAUCACCAGUCAACUCUGGCGUCAUGUACUUGCCAUUGGCUAUUUCAGACAUCCUUUCGUCAAACCUCGCCGGAAUGCUUGUUGCACGGCUCAACUACGCCAAUCCUUUUGUUCUCUUUGGAACGACGCUGAUGUCCAUCGGCACCGGGCUCAUCACCACAUUCACGACAACUACCAGUCACCAAUACUGGAUCCCCUACCAAGUCCUACAAGGACUCGGUGCUGGCAUGACUCUCUCAAUGCCAUACAUGGCCACUCAGACCGUCCUCAAGGACGAUGACAUUCCUGUCGGAACGUCGAUCGUGCAGCUUUUCCAGUUCUUUGGUGGUUCCGUGUUCCUCGGGACCGCCCAGGCGAUCUUCAGCAACACACUCGUCAGCUCCCUAUCAAAGCUGGAAGACAUCGGGAUUGGUUCGGCCGAGAUUGAAAGGAUCUUGCAUGGUGGAUCUUCUUCUGUCAGAAGCUUGGUCACACAGGCUCAGCUGCCCGGCGUGAUUCAAUCAUACAACGACGGAAUCGUCUCUACAUUCUAUGUAGCCACAGCAGCGGCCGCUUUUUCAUUUGUUGUUUCUUUGGGUUUGGAAUGGAGGAAGAUAAGAUCCCAUUAA